UUCAGGGUUUUCCAUGUGCGAAAGAGAGUACCAAGUGGGUUGAUGAGUUUUGAACUUGUACGUCUGAGCUUCUGGGGAUAAGAAUCGUCUGAGCGUUGGCAGGAGCUGCUACCAUCUCAUUCAGUAUAUCAACCUAGGUUAUGAGAAGUGAAAGGUUAUUAAGUGUUUGUGGUUGUUACGUUUGAAUAGGUUUGCGUGGGCUUGUUGUUGACAUAUUGGAUGGCCAUGUUGGUGGAGUGAAUGCCGACGCAGAGUGUUUGGAAGGAUUUCUGCCGCAAGCCUCUUGGACAGGUGCAGGUCAAAAUUUAAGGAGCUUCCUUGUUUCGGUAAGCAUGGAGUCCUUGCUGUUGCGAGGUUUGGAGUCGACGCUGCGUUACUGGCUGAGAACUUUCAGCAGAGAGCAAUUCCGACUCCGUGGACGUAGCAUCCAGCUCUAUGAUUUAGAUGUUGAUGGAGAUGCUCUCCAUGCGAGCUUAGGGUUACCACCAACAUUGCAGAUAACUGAGGCGCGAAUUCGCAAUCUGGAGCUGAGGAUAGCGUCUAUUACGAACGUACAUAGAGAGCCAAUUGUUGCUGAAAUUGAUGAGUUGGAGCUGACCAUUUCUGAAAAGUUAUACAGUGAUCUCGGCUACAUCCCUGGGGGAUUGCCGUCAAGUUCCUCUGGCGAUGCGUAUGGCUAUGGGUACUCCGACAAGCUUGCCGAUGGUAUGACACUCAGGAUAGGGAGAGUCCACAUGUUACUGGAAACGAAGGGAGUAUCGCAUCAGAAAGGAGCAGCUACAUGGAUUCCCCCGGUGGCUUCCAUAACUAUCACAAAUCUGGAAUUGUUUACAACCGACGAAAGAUGGCAGAUUGUCCCACUCAACCAAGCAAGAGAUUUUUCAAUCAACAAAGGAGCCAUUUACGUUUUCAAGAAACUUUUUUGGGAGUCUUUAUCACUUGACCUGCUACCACCAAAAUCUGAUCAUAUCAGAAGCAAUAGCACGGCAAGCUCCCACCGUCAUGAUAAUGACGAGAGAAUGCAGAGAGGGGAGCGGAUAUUGGACAAAGUGUCAGGAUGCGGUUUUAUUACCGUGCAAAGAACAGAAAUGAACAUCCCUUCUGGACUCGAGGUGCGGAUACAUGUUCCAGAAAUUUUGUCUUCCCGAAUAAGUGAACCAGGUCUGCAGGCUUUGCUACGAUUUGUGACUGGAGUGUUUAUUUGUAUGAGUCGUGAAGAGGCAAACGUACGAAGUUUUCAGUCUGUGGAUGAGGCAGCUCGUACAGUUAUUGUCUUUAAAGUCGAUCAAGUUUUUUUGAGUGUCAAGGAUAUUGACUUUCAGAUGGAAUUACUGAUGAAGAAUUUUCAGUAUGUUCGGGCAAAUGUAGUAGAGCAGAAAAGCAUUAGGGCAAUGACACAGAUCAUGGUUGGAAGCCUCUUUCUGAGAGACAUUGCAGUGCAACCUUCAUGUAUGCUCGUGCAACCAAGCGUUAACAGUAUUGAUCCUAUCGUCAGACCUCCUGUUCCUGCUUUUGCGAGUGAGAAGCAGUGGCCCAAAAUUCAUCCUUUUGAGAGCUGGUUACUGUUUGCGCGGGAAACAACGCCAAUGUUAUGCGUCUACUCUUCUCAAGUUAAACCAUCGCCUGUAGCUCCAGCAUUGGCCACACAGCUAGUCGUGCAAUGUCAACCUUUGAAGAUUGUUCUUCAGGAAGCAACAUGCCUUCGGAUUGCUUUACUCCUUUCAGAAUCAGUUGUUUUGGAAUCUACAGUGAAACUACCAGACAGAUCAUUGCAUGCCGCAUAUUUGACUUUUAAGGAAUUUGAUCUUACUAUACCUGUUAAUGGAGCGUUGAUGGACGAAGCUGACAGAGGAGGACCAUUCACUGGGAUUCGCAUAUAUAUUUCAGGCUUCAUGAUGGCUAAUAGUCCAUUUUUAACCUUCCGGAUGUUAGACCUUGACAAUGAUCCUGCAUGCAGCUCCAUAUGGAAGGGCCAGCCAGUACAUUCCAGCCAUCAAAGGUGGAUUUUGCGAGCAUCAAAUGCAACAAUUGCAUUGGAAACCGACAACUUGGACGACUCGGUCCAGAAAAAUGCUGCUGCUGAAGCUGAUCGGGCGGCAAGAUUAUGGCACUGCGUUGAAAUGUCUGAUCUUGGUGUUGAAGCCGCCAUGCUCUCAGGUGAUGGUGAGCCUUUAAUGACCUUCUUACCUUCGGGGGGAAUAGUUCGAUUGGGACUUUCUUGCAAAAAAUGCGUCGCCUACAUGACAUAUGAGCAAUAUUCAUUUGUUCUAAAACUGUAUCGAUUAUCUGGUGGAGCCGUAGAAGCACUCAAUGAGAUGAGUAAGUCGUUCACAUCUAAAGAUGUUCAAAUGAAUUUUGAAGAAACAAGCUCAAAAAAAUUGCUUGACAUUGUGCCUGUUGACACGGCAGUGGUCCUUAGAUUGAGUUCGCUUGAUUUUAGGUUGCUAGCAACAGUACCUGGCAGAAUUGGUAAGGAGGGUCCAACUUUGGCAAAACUCUUGGGUUGGGAGGUCUUCUUGAGUGUUACCCAUAAGAAGCUGGCUGGGGCAGCGAUGGUUACGUCCAAGCUCCAGUGGCUGGACAUUCAGGUUGAGUGUGUUGAAUUUGAAACAUAUCAAUCAGAAGGAGAGUGCUCAUCAAAGCAAGCUUUGAAAAAUCAUGUUUCAUCCAGUGAAUCAUCUUCAAGAAGCCCUGAUAGCUCGGUUUUGUCAAGUACUAGUUCCAGCCGAGCGUCUAGUACGAAGGGAGAACCUGCAGGUCUCCCUGACAAAGAGGCUUUUCUUGAAGAGCAGACGAAUUUUGAAUCGGCCUCGUACAUUUUGUGCCCUGUGAUCUGGACUGGGAAGGAAAGAGGCAGCAUGGUACCGGUGGAGAGAAAUGUGGGAGAAGACGAGUACAGUGCUCCAAAAACUCCUUUCAUGGAUGUAAAUAUAGAGAUGCUUAUAUCACAGGAAAAACAGGAGACUGAUGGUUCUAAACUGCAAGUGAUUGCUAGAGUGGGUGGGGUAAGGUUGGGAGGAAGCAUGUGCCAGGUUGAGUCUCUUCUACAAAAACAUCAUCUUAUUGGUCCAAGAGGCGUACCCGGGCGCAAUAUCAAGAAGCUCAUCAAGUUUUUUUCUGAUGGUCCAAUAGUAAACAUGUUGAAACCAUAUUCGAUGGAAUCGAAAGGUGCGGGCGUUCCUGCCAUGCUCACCAGCAAUGACAAUCUAUGGCCAUUGGAUAUAUUCCAUAUUUUGGAUCUAGACAUUCAGUUUCUAGACUGGCUAUUUUCUCUUGAAGGCGUUGAAGUUGCUGCUGAUUCGAGCAGUAAAUCUUUGAAGCCUGAGCUGAAGAGUUUAGAAUCUGAUGUCAGUUGGUACGUCACAUUCCGGAGCCUUCAGUUUGUUGGUAGAGGAACAAAAAUUAUGUCGCAGAUAUCAGCGAAAGAUGGGGAAAGAAAGCAUCUUCGCCCUAUGCAAAACCUAACGAUGCGAAUCGAGGGGCUUCAAGCAGUGAGGGAUAAAGCGAAACAUGCGUCUCAUUUUGAAAGUGAAUACUCCGCAACUAAUGCGAUGGGCAUUGAAAAGGAAGAACUACCCAUGAAGAAAACGAAAAAGAUGCCCGACGCAUUACCAAAUAUUUCGAGCACAAGUGGAUGUGAUCUUGAACUGUGCUUGGUUGAACGAGGGAAUGAUAUUGAGACGGACUUUGGCAUGGGGAACUGGUUGAUGGAUAGAUUCCGAGUUGGUGUUGGGGAACCGGUUCAGAUUGAAGGUACAAGGCAAGAAUUGGAGGACCUGCGGGAAAUUUGCAAAGCAGAAAUUAAAGCUGCUCGACGGAUGGCUUCUGCUGUAGUUAAAUUGUUUGAAAGAGAAACCGCCGAUAAGAUAGGUAAUGAAGAUUUGGACUUAAAAUUACCCUUGCCAGAACAGCAGGCAAAGGAGAAAUUUCCAGAGAAUAUUCCUGUUCCUCGUCCACUCAUGCAAACCUCUGGAACGGAAUUUGGGAAAGAAUUUGAUGAAAUGGAGGCUGCAAUCCUUACAUCUCAAGAUUUGUGUGCAAAGAUUAGUCACCAGAUGGGGCAUAUUAAAGAAGACAAAGCAUUUCUAUGCUGGGGGACCAAACUUCGCAGCUCUGCUCCUGUAGAUGAAUUGGCGAGACUGCAAAAACAGCUACUUCGGAUGAAGGCACUGCUCCCGAGCCUCAGGAAUGGAAUAAAUUGAGGUUUACCUUCAAUCGUACCAUCAGCAUUCCACUACUGUAAAUAGUGUACAUAAUCACUACUGUCACAACCGGGUGCAGAUAACAUUUUAUAGUAAUGAUAACAUCGACAGAUCUUUCUGAUUUCGAAUUUCCGUUCCGAUUAAAUGAACCAAAUACGCUGACACAAACUCAUGAACUUGGGAGAACUGCAUGUUCACCACACUGACUUUAACCAAAACUUAACUAUAUACCAGUUCGAGAUAUCGAAUGGUUGUAAUAGAACACAGGCCGGUAUGCUACGAGUGGUCUGCUAUAAUUGAAAAGUGACAAAUUUCAUGGCAAUGGAAAGAGUCUGGAUAGCAUGAUGGACAUGGCACAUUCAAAGCGUGCCUAUUCUGACUGCUGUAUAGAACUAAGCAGUCGAUAGGUUCUCAAUACGAGGAUGUCAAGACGACAAAGGCUUGUCACUGGUAAUAAUAGUAAUAGAAUGUAAGGCACCAAAUGUCAAGCCUUCAGGGGGUUUCUCUUGUAAGCUUGCGCAAUCACUUUAAACUAUAUUCUCGUCUAA